CACACGACGCCUCCAUGUUGGAAAGAGUAUAGAGGGGGGAUACAAUUAUUUUUUGAAAAUGAAGAGAGUUCAAGAAACGGGAUUAUCGGAACUGUUUCAUUUUUCGUAUUGAAACUUGACCGAGGCGAGCGAGUUUUUUUUUUUUUUUUUCAAUCGUCGUUUCAUCAUUGUUUUCAGUCAAAACGUCAAUUUUUAUUUAUUUAUUUUUUAUUAUGUUGAAUUGAACACUGAUCAGUUUAAGGCUAGCUCUAGUUGCUAAGCCAGACGUUAGCAACGUUUUCUUCUUCUUUUUGAGUUCAACGUUGGGAGUUUGUUUUGCCCAUAUUGUUCUUAAAUGUUGCUUACUAAAUUGGAAUAUUCCCAGCGAUUGACAAGUGGUUGUAUUUUGUCUUUAAACCACUAGCUAGUUUACAUUUUGCCCCCUCCUGUGUCCCGUCUCAGUCCAGCUAGUUUAGGGCCCGGCUGCCAUUUCAACACAGCUAGCAAGGCAGCUAACGUUACCCAUUGUGGACUAGGACAAGCAAGUAAAAUAAACAUUAUAAAACGAACCAACAAAUAAACAACAACAAAGGAAUAACCAUCCGUCGCAAUGGAUCACACGUCUAUAAUAACCCAGGUUUCCAACCCCAAAGAAGAGGAGAUUAUCUCGUUUAAUCAGGAAAAAGUCUCCCAGUCCAACAGCAGUGUGAAGAAGCAGAGGAGUCCAGGCAUCUUCAGUACGUUCUUCUGUUGCUUUAGGAACUACAAUGUGGAGCCUCCUGCCUCCAACAACACAACCACCUCCCUGCCUCCAGCCCCAGAGGAGAAUGGGACACAACCAAAGUUUGACCAGGUCGAGGUUAUUCCUAUCCCUAGUCCUCCAGCCAAAUUCCUCCUACCAGAGAUGAACAUAUCAGACUAUGGGAAGAAGUGUGUAGUGAUCGACUUGGAUGAGACAUUGGUACACAGCUCAUUCAAGCCCAUUAGCAAUGCUGACUUCAUAGUGCCCGUGGAGAUAGAUGGCACAGUUCAUCAGGUGUACGUGCUGAAGAGACCUCAUGUGGAUGAGUUCCUGCAGAAGAUGGGAGAGCUGUUUGAAUGUGUUCUCUUCACGGCUAGUCUCGCAAAGUAUGCUGACCCUGUGGCGGAUCUUCUGGACCAAUGGGGUGUGUUCCGAGCCCGUCUGUUCCGGGAGUCAUGUGUGUUUCACCGGGGGAACUAUGUUAAGGACCUAAGCAGGCUGGGUAGAGAGCUCAGUAACGUCAUCAUACUGGACAACUCUCCUGCCUCCUACAUCUUCCACCCCGAGAACGCUGUGCCGGUCCAGUCGUGGUUUGAUGAUCUAAGCGACACAGAGCUACAGGACCUGCUGCCCUUCUUCGAGGGCCUGAGCAGAGAGGAAGAGGUGUAUGGUGUGUUGCAGAACCUCCGGGGCAGGUAGCACCAGGGUAACCCCAUCUUCCUCUUUUCUCUCUCUCUCUCUCUCUCUCUUUCUCUCUUUCUCUCUCACUCUGCCUCUUUAACGACACACCAUCGCUCAGGCUUCGACAGAUUUCCCGGCCUCCGGCCCCUAGGGGCAACCUGGAGUCACACUGUGGAUUGUAGUGUGUAACCCAACACCAGACACCCCAAACAGUACACCUCUCUCCGCUAUGGUAUCCUCCCCUAGAGGCUGGGGGCUCACUGUAGUCAGAGUGGAGAAUACUCCAACUCCCAUGGAGCACAGUGGCGGAACCAGGAAGCUCGACUGUGACAUCAUCGGUUAGAAGAUUUGUAUGGAGCGGCAGAAUGCGUUUUUGAUUCGAGGGAAUGGACGCAAAGGAAGAAACUCUAGUCUUGUGUUGUGACACCGACUAACAGGCAGAGUUGUUACUUUUAACCAAAAAUCUAUAUUUUGAGUGGAAAUGUUUUUUUUUUUUUUGUUGUUGUUGUGAAGAUAACCGAUAAAUUCAGUCUGAGUAUUAGGUCCUUGUAUUGUUGCUAUGCAUCAGGCAGUGUCUGGUAGUUUGAAAGGACUGUGAUUUUACUGUUUUCCUUUUCUUACCGAAAUGAAGUGCCUUGUUUGAAUGUGGUUAUGAGGAGAUAUUUUGUACAUGGCAUAUUUUCAGAAUACUUCUUCAGUCUUUUUAUUGAAUUCUGUCUAUACUUUAAAAUGGAGACCGCUAUGAUUCUUUAUAACAAACCACUGGUGUUAUUUUAGGAGGUUGUCAUACCUUGUAUUGGUUACACGUUAUAUUCUCUUCUUUUUGACACCAUAUAAGCGUUUUAUUUUCUCUUUAUCUUGCUGUCUUCACUAUACCUUAGAAUAGUGUAUUAUGGUUAAUUUGUUUUAAGAAGCAAAGGAAUAUGUAACUUUCUACAUAGCAAUUAGGCUGAAUUUUGGUAAAAACAUCCUGAACCAUAGUUGAAUUUGUGCCAACAUUUCUCAAUGUAUUUCUUUUAUUCGUUUUUGCCAAAAAGUGAUUUCAAUAGUUAAAAUCUAAGUUGGGGUUUAGCUCUGUCUAUUUUAAGGAGUUUUGCCAGUUAACGAAUGCCAUUCAGUUAUGUUUUGAAGUGAAUGAAUCCUACUUUGUUAGCAAUCCAGUUAAUUAUUUUAGUCUGCUAGUUUUUAACUUUAUCAUUUUAUUUCUGCACAUGGAUAUAAGUCUAGCAACAAACAAGAAAUAUCCUUCGGGAGGCGGUAACCCCUACAAAUCCCCCCCCCCCAGUGGUAAACUGUUGCCAUGGUAUCCCUCUCAUUGUUUCCAGUGAUCUGAAUUACGUCCCAAAUGGCACCCUAUUCCCUAUUUAGUGCACUACUGUUGACCAUGGUCCAAAGUAGUGCACGACAUUGGAGUUAGGGUGUAGUUUGGGAUGCGGUCCUGAUGUUGUACAGUAUUCUAAUGGGUAGAGUGCCAUGUUUCUCCUCACCGCAGUGCCUGACUUGAGUCCUGAGGACACACACGGAAACAGUACUGUAACCAUGGGCAAUAACUUUCAGGAGACUCAACCUGGGUCAGUGUUAGGACAGAGUGUUUGUUUUUCCCCCGUACCAUGUGACCUGAUCAGGAAAUACUCUGGCCCCAUUGUUAUUGGCUAUAACUAGGGCCUGUUGUUAUUGGCUAUUACUAGGGCCUGUUGUUAUUGGCUAUUACUAGGGCCUGUUGUUAUUGGCUAUUACUAGGGCCUGUUGUUAUUGGCUAUUACUUGGGCCUGUUGUUAUUGGCUAUUACUUGGGCCUGUUGUUAUUGGCUAUUACUAGGGCCUGUUGUUAUUGGCUAUUACUAGGGCCUGUUGUAUUAAUUUAUUUUGGCGCGUUACAAAAUACAAUACAAAUUCAACAAUUUACAAAUACAUUUUCAAGAAAAAACAGUCACAUUCCUCAGCAAGGUGGUCCCCAUUCAACAUGUUGAACUGCCGAGAGGCACCAGAACAUCCUGUUGUAGAGACUCUGUAGGUUGUUCCAUACAUGGACAUCCUGUUGUAGACAACUCUGUAGGUUGUUCCAUACAUGGACAUCCUGUUGUAGAGAACUCUGUAGGUUGUUCCAUACAUGGACAUCCUGUUGUAGAGAACUCUGUAGGUUGUUCCAUACAUGGACAUCCUGUUGUAGAGAACUCUGUAGGUUGUUCCAUACAUGGAAUUCAAAAGAAACUAAAAGCUGGUUGACUUGACUCUCUGAUCUGAUUAGGUUAGGGAAAACUCCUGUCUCUCCCAUCUCAUUGUGUAGGAGUCUGAACAGUGAAUGCAGGUUCUGUUGUAACACUCUGGGCACUGCUAAAGGACCGCAGGAUACCUCGGCAUGGUAAUAAUGCCUUAAAGCAAUUCUCCGUCAUGAAUCCCAAGGUAUCUAGUCUAGCUAUAACAUCAUAGACCAGGAAGAAACACAAUGUCCUGACCAAUGGGUAAAAGCAGCAGGUGGUCACGUGAUCAUCUGCUGGGUGUCGACGGUUGGUGCGAUUAGUUCGAGAAAUGGAACAGAAAAUGAUGAUCUGUUCAGAAGCAAUAGGACGGUCACCCGCUGCGUUUAAUGGUUGGCACAGUGAUUUUGGUAGGCAGGCUACUGUUGGUAGCUCCUAUGGGAUCUUGGUGUACCAUAUUGUCAACCUGUGGUUGUUGACAUGGACAUUUUAAUAAUAAUGUUUGUGUAUUAUUGCUGAUGAUUGGGGUGUCAUGCUUUCAAUAUGUUACUUGUUUGUAAUGCAAUGAAUGCUCUUUAGUGUAAUAGAAAGUGUUACUGGGUUUCACCUCUCUGUCUCUCUCUCUCUGUGUGUCUCUCUCUCUCUCUGUGUCUCUCUCUCUCUCUCUGUGUCUCUCUCUCUGUUUCUCUCUCUCUCUCUGUGUCUCUCUCUGUCUCUCUCUGUCUCUCUCUGUCUCUCUCUCUCUCUCUCUCUCUCUCUCUCUCUCUCUCUCUCUCUGAAACUGUUGUUCAUAUCAUUGUGAUAUUUUUCUAGUUACCUUUGUCAGUAUUUGGUUUUGAAAAAGUUGCCCAUUUUACCCAUGUUUAUCCAGCUGGUGUUUUUAAUUUGUCUUCUCUCAGCACGGCAACGUCUCUCUCUCUCUCUGUGAUGACUAACAUCUCUAGCACACUUUGAGAAAACAGGUGUUGGUGACGACAUCUAUUGAAUUACGUUUUCAAUCAGAACUCUUUUACCUCACAUUACAGUACCAGUCAAAAGUUUGGACACAGCUACUCAUUCAAGGGUUUUUCUUUAUUUGUACUAUUUUCUACAUUGUAGAAUAAUAGUGACGACAUCAAAACUAUGAAAUAACCCAUAUGGAAUCAUGUAGUAACCAAAAAAGUGUUAAACAAAUCAAAAUAUAUUUUAUAUUUGAGAUUCUUCAAAGUAGCCACCCUUUGCCUUGAUGACAGAUUUGCACACUCUUGGCAUUCUCUCAACCAGUUUUUCAUUCACUCAUCCCAAACCAUCUCAAUUGGGUUGAGGUCGGGUGAUUGUGGAGGCCAGGCCAUCUGAUACAGCACUCCAUCACUCUCCUUCUUGGUUAAAUGGGGUCAUUGUCCUGUUGAAAAAAACAAAUGAUAGACCCACUAAGCUCAAACCAGAUGGGAUGGCGUUUCCCUGCAGAGUGAUGUGGUAGCCAUGCUGGUUAAGUAUGCCUUGAAUUCUAAAUAAAUCACUGACAGUGUCACCAUCAAAGCACCCCUACAGCAUCACACCUCCAUCCUUCACGGUUGGAACCACACAUGCAGAGAUCAUCCGUUCAACGGUUGGAACCAAAAAUCUCACAUUUUUGGUCUGCAAUUUCUGAGACUGAUAACUCUCUCAUGAACUUAUCCUCUGCAACAGAGGUAACUCUGUGUCUUCCUUUCCUGUGGCGGUCCUCAUAAGAGCCUGUUUCAUUAUAGUGCGACUGCACUUUAAGAAACUUUCAAAGUUCUUGACAUUUUCCGGAUUUACUGACCUUCAUGUCUUCAAGUAAUGAUGGACCUGUCGUUUCUCUUUGCAGAUUUGAGCUGUUCUUGCCAUAAUAUGGACUUUGGUGUUUUACCAAAUAGGGCUAUCUUCUGUAUAUCACCGCUAACUUCUCACAAGACAACUGUAUCAAACGUAUUAAGAAGGAAAGAAAUUCCACAAAUGAACUUUUAACAAGACACACCUGUUAAUUUAAAUGCAUUCCAGGUGACUACCUCAUGAAGCUGGUUGAGAGAAUGCCAAGAGUGUGCAAAGCUGUCAUCAAGGCAAAGGGUGGCUACUUUGAAGAAUCUCAAAUAUAAAAUAUAUUUUGAUUUAACACUUUUUUGGUUACUAUAUGAUUCCACGUGUUAUUUCAUAGUUUUGACAUCUUCGCUAUUAUUCUACAAUGUAGAAAAUCUUUUUUUUAUAUAAAGAAAACCCCUUGAAUGAUUAGUUACUGUACAUGAAGACUAGGUGUAUGCAUGAUGUGUCAGACACUGCAUUCAGUCACACACGAUCACACACCUCCUUGUUUAACACAGUCUUCUACCAGUCUCCGAUUUCAACUCACAGGGAAGUUCAGUUGGUAUUCUUUGUCAGAUUAUUUGUGUUACUUUCUCUUCUAAUUGGUGUACUUUUGAGUGUCCAUGUUUUUGUUUUCACCCUGUACUCUCCACACUAUCAACAUUUCUUUGCCGUCUUUCAAUUGUAAUAAAAUGUUAAUUGCAACCCA